AUCGUUUGCACAUUUUCGAUUUCGAAAAGUCUCCUCAGCUCCGCAUACAAGCACAACCAUAAAUAAAAAUAUACUACUACUACUACUAAAAAGGAAAAUAGACUCAAGAAUAAAAAAGAAAAAAAAAAGUGUAACAGUCAACGAUACGAAAAAUCUUCUUUCAGCCUUCGUGUAUCCUUUGCUUAGCUCAACACAAACAAAUAAAUUCAAAAAAAAAAAAAUUCAAAUCGAUCGAUCUUUUCAGUGUUCUACUCAUGGCGGAUCGAGCCUCCUACAGUUUGGCUCCCCGAUUAGAUAUUGAACAGAUAUUAUUAGAAGCCCAGCAUAGAUGGUUGCGACCUGCUGAAAUUUGUGAAAUUCUUCGUAAUUAUCAGAAGUUUCAUAUUGCAUCAGAGUCUCCAAACAGACCUCCAAGUGGUUCACUUUUUCUUUUUGAUCGAAAGGUGUUAAGAUACUUUAGGAAGGAUGGACAUAAUUGGAGGAAGAAAAAAGAUGGAAAGACUGUGAAGGAAGCUCAUGAGAAGCUGAAGGUUGGAAGCAUUGAUAUGUUGCACUGCUACUAUGCCCAUGGAGAAGAGAAUGAAAACUUUCAGAGGCGCAGCUAUUGGAUGCUUGAAGAGGAUUUGAUGCAUAUAGUUUUUGUGCACUACUUGGAAGUUAAGGGUAGUAGAACAAUUGGAGGCAUAAAAGAGACCAGUGAUGUGUCAAAUUCCCAAACAAGCAGUCCUUCAACUUCUAGCUAUUCUGUUAGUCAUACAAAAGCACCUUCUGGAAAUGCAGAUUCGGCUAGCCCAACCAGCACUUUAACAUCCUUAUGUGAAGAUGCUGAUUCUGAGGAUAGUCACCAGGCAAGUUCGAGAUUCCGUACAUCGCUCCAAAUAGGAAAUGCUACUGUGAUAGACAAGCUGGAUCCUGGCUUCUUGAGUCCUUAUCCUCCACAUCCCUUUCAAGGUGUCUCAUUAAUUCCUGGAUUAAAUGAAGUUUCACAUCUCCACGGAGAUAGACCUGGGGAUAUUAAUUACGGCACUUGCAUGACUGAAGCUCAAAGAACACUUGAUUUGGCAUCUUGGGAACAAGGCUUGGAGCAAUAUAUGCCUGUAUAUGCAGCUGCAUCUUCUCAUGCAUCAAUGACUGCUACUCAACCUGAUACUAUGAGCAUCAGCCUGCAACAAGAGAACAUGAUGAAAGGCAAGCAAUUAACUAGAGAGAGUGCUGGUGAGGAGUUUGGAAAUCCUCUGCCAACACAAUCAAAUUGGCAGGUUCCUUUGGCUGACAAUUCCUCAGAGUUGCCCAAAUGGCCCAUGGAUCCAUCAUCAAAUUUUGAAUUGCCAUAUGAUACUAGGUUAUUUGAGCAAAAGACUCAUGAUUUUCAUUUACCAAAUGCUCUUGAGGAAUUUACUGGUCAUGAUGUUCUAAAUGAGCAGCCUGUGUAUAAAACCCUUCAAAUGCCGCUUAUCAAUGAAGAUUCUAAUUCUGUCAUGAAAACAUAUCCUGAGAAUGAUAUGCAUUUGGAUGGAAAUGUCAACUAUUCUUUCUCUCUGAAAAAAUCAUUACUUGAUGGAGAAGAAAGCUUGAAAAAAGUUGACAGUUUUUCGAGGUGGAUUACUAAAGAACUUGGAGAAGUAGAUGAUCUGCAGAUGCAGUCCUCAUCUGGUAUUGCCUGGAGCACUGUUGAGUGUGGAAAUGUAUCUGAGGAUGCCUCUUUGAGCCCCUCUCUCUCCCAAGACCAACUUUUCAGCAUAUUGGACUUUUCACCGAAGUGGGCUUACAUAGACUUGGAAACUGAGGUGCUGAUUAUUGGAACAUUUUUGAGGAGUCAAGAGGAAGUAGCAAAAUAUAACUGGUCAUGUAUGUUUGGUGAAGUUGAGGUUCCAGCUGAGGUUAUUGCGAAUGGUAUUCUUUCUUGCCAUGUUCCACCUCACUGUGUUGGGCAAGUUCCAUUUUAUGUUACAUGCUCCAACAGGUUAGCUUGUAGUGAAGUCCGAGAAUUUGACUUCCGAGCAGGAUUUGCUAAAGACAUAAAUGUUUCGGAUAUUUAUGGUGUUACUUCAAGAGAAAUGCUGCUGCAAUUUGAUGUGUUACUUUCUCUGAAAUCUUUCAGUCCUCCUAAUCGUCAUUUUGAAGUUGUAGGGGAGAAACGAGACUUACUUACUAAAAUUAUAUCAAUGAAAGAGGAGGAAUGCCACCAGAUUGUAGACCCCUCAUCUGACAAGGAUUUGUCUCAACAUAAAGAAAAGGAGUGCCUCCUUCAGAAAUUGAUGAAAGAGAAGUUGUACUCAUGGCUUCUUCACAAAAUCAUGGAAGAUGGUAAAGGGCCAAAUAUAUUAGAUGAGAAGGGCCAAGGUGUACUACACUUAGCGGCUGCACUUGGGUAUGAUUGGGCAAUAAAGCCUACUGUUAAUGCUGGAGUUAGUAUAAAUUUUCGUGAUGUGAAUGGAUGGACUGCACUGCACUGGGCUGCUUUCUGUGGCAGAGAGCAAAUAGUUGCCAUUCUAGUCUCCCUGGGAGCUGCACCAGGAGUACUUACGGACCCAUCUCCAGAAUUUCCUUUGGGCAGAACUCCUGCAGACUUGGCUUCUGGUAAUGGACACAAAGGAAUCUCUGGUUUCCUUGCAGAAUCUUCCUUGACUAGUUACCUGUCUUCUCUCACAAUGAAUGAUCAAAAGGAAGCUGUACAAACAGUUUCAGAGCGAAUAGCAACUCCUGUGAGUGAUAGUGAUGUGCAAGACACGCUGUCACUGAAGGACUCAAUUACUGCUGUAUGUAAUGCCACACAAGCUGCUGAUCGUAUAUAUCAAAUGUUCAGGAUGCAGUCCUUCCAGCGGAAACAAUUGAGUGAGUCUGGUGAUGGUGUGUCUGAUGAGCAUGCUAUUUCAUUUCUAACUGCUAAGGCACGCAGGCCAUUGCAAAGUGAUGGGGUAGCCCAUGCUGCUGCAACACAAAUCCAGAAAAAGUUUCGUGGUUGGAAGAAAAGAAAAGAAUUCUUAUUGAUCCGGCAGAGAAUUGUUAAAAUCCAGGCCCAUGUUAGAGGACACCAGGUGAGGAAACAGUAUAGAACAAUCAUCUGGUCAGUGGGAAUUCUGGAGAAAGUUAUUUUACGGUGGAGACGUAAAGGGAGUGGUUUGCGAGGAUUUCGACGGGAUGCAAUUACCAAGGAACCUGAUCCACAGUGCAUGCCUUCGAAAGAGGAUGAUUAUGAUUUUCUUAAAGAGGGAAGAAAACAAACCGAAGAAAGGCUGCAGAAGGCACUUACUAGGGUAAAGUCGAUGGCUCAGAAUCCUGAAGGACGAGGUCAAUAUCGGAGGCUGCUGACGUUGGUUCAAGGGAUUCGUGAAAACAAGGCUUGCAAUAUGGUUAUGAACAGUACAGAAGAAGUGACUGAUGGUGAUGAAGACCUUAUCGACAUUGACUCUCUUUUGGAUGACGACACUUUCAUGUCUAUUGCAUUUGAUUAGGCUCCUGCAUGUCCAAACUGUACAUAGACAGGCAGCUUCUUUGCAGCAUUAUGAAGGUGUUAACUUCAUUCUGUCUGUAAAUAUAAUAUAUCUAACAAUCUUAGGGUCUAAUGUACUACUCUGCUUGUUUCUAGGUAACAUAGAAAAGCAGUUUUACUUUCCAGGUUAAUAGUUUUUAAUACUGAAGGGUUGGAGCAGUAUUUAUUGGUUGCUGAGUGUGUGGGAGAUUUAUUUGUAAAAUCUGUUGAGAGGGAGGAUGAGUGGCUUGGAGUUUACUUUGUUAGUAGGGCUAAUUAUUGUGGUUCUGAUAUUUCAUGGAAUGUGAAC